CCUUGUGCAACCAUGGCUAACCAUUGACCAGGCAGAAGGGGGUUAAUGGCAGCCUGUGGAAAUAAAAGGUGGCCCACAGCGGCACAGGAACCACACCCCCCCAGACUGUCAGCCAUGGCUGUGCUCGCUCUCUGCCUCCUGUGGGCCUUAACAACAGCAGUGCAGUCUGCUCCAGUAGCUCCUCUGGGGGGCCCAGAGCCAGCUCAACAUGAAGAGCUGACCCUGCUCUUUCAUGGGGCUUUACAGCUAGGCCAGGCCCUCAACGGUGUGUACAGAGCCACAGAGGCACGUCUGACAGAAGCUGGACGCAGCCUGGGCCUCUUUGACCGAGCACUGGGACUCCUGGGAACAGAGGUCAGUCAUGGCCGGGAUGCAACACAGGAGCUACGCACCAGCUUGUCGGAGAUUCAGGUAGAAGAGGAUGUCUUACACCUUCAAGCAGAGGCCACGGCCCUGUCGCUGGGAGAAGUGGCCCGGGCCCAGCAAGCUCUACGGGACACUGUACGGAGACUCCAAGUCCAGCUGAGAGGUGCCUGGCUGGGCCAGGCCCACCAAGAAUUUGAGACCUUAAAGGCCCGAGCUGACAGACAGAGCCACGUUUUAUGGGCUCUCACGGGCCACAUUCAGCGACAGCAGAGGGAGAUGGCCGAGCAACAGCAGUGGCUGCGACAGAUCCAGGAGAGGUGCGUCUGGUGGAGGACCCACACUUGGGGGGGCAGGGGGCGGUGCCUAGGUCCACCGAGGGUGUCCCCACCCCACACUGGCCUGGACUGAGCUGUCUCUCUCCCUAGGCUCCACACGGCAGCCCUCCCGGCCUGAGCCUGCCUGGAUGCCAUUGAGAACCAGUCAUGCCGCUAGGAACAUUGAACGUGAUCCACAAGGCCCCUGAGCAGGGCAGACAGAGCUGGCUGCCCGCCGGCCGGGCUUGGCCAGUGCACUCCGCUUCCUGACGGAGAGUGGAGACAGGAGCAAGCAGACGGGAAGCAAGGCAGAAGACAGAGGCCUGCAGAAGAGGGCUGGAGAACGUACACGAGUCCCUUCAUGCCCCCACACACCACAAUAAACAGAACAGAGGUUAUCUACGUCUGUGCCUGCGCCUGCGUCUGCAAGAAUGGGGUCUGGGGCUGGGCUGGGGCUUAGUUGACACAGCACUUGCCCAGCACGCACAGUACCCUGGGUCCCAACUACAGAACCACAAUACCGCGGUGCACACGGUCAUCUCAGCACUGGGAAGGCAGAGGCAGGGGGAUCAGGAGUUCACGGGGAGGCAGACAGGUGGAUCUCUAGCCAGUCUAUCCUAUCUGGCAAGUUCCAGGCCAUGAGAGACCCUGUCUGAGGACAAAAAGGUUGGGAACUGGAGAAAGGCUCUGGUUUAGAGCACACAUUGUUCCUGCAGAGGACCCACCCACAUUCGAUUCCAUCCCUCAGGUCAGGUGGCUCACAGUCACCUGCAACUCCAACUCCUGGGGACCCAAAGUCUCUAGUCUCCUCAGCACCUCACACAGGCACACAUUCCCACAUGUAGGUAGGCGUACCUACAUGCAAGUGCCUGUACCCACACACAGGUGCCUGUACCCACACACAGGUAAGCGUUCCCACACACAGGUGCCUGUACCCACACACAGGUGAGCGUUCCCACACACAGGUGAGUGUUCCCACACAGGUGCCUGUACCCACCCACACACAGGUGCCUGUACCCACAUACAGGUGAGUGUUCCCACACAGGUGCCUGUACCCACACACAGAUGCCUGUACCCACACACAGAUGCCUGUACCCACACACAGGUGCCUGUACCCACACACAGGUGAGUGUUCCCACAGACAGACAAGACAGACAGCAGACACACACACACACACACACACACACACACACACACACACACACACACGGUAGUGUACACUUUUAACCCCAGGACUUGGGAAGUAGAAGAAGACAAUCUCUGUGAGUUCCAGGCCAGCCAGGGCUACACAGUGAGACCCCGUCUCAACAAAUAAUAAUAGUAAUAAUGAAUGUUAAAGAAAAAAGGUGGGGAUUCUGAGGUGGCUCAGAGGGUAAAGGUGGAGUUCCAGUCUCAGACUCCACACGGUGGAAAAGAACUGACUCUGCGGGUUGUCCUUGACCUCCACGCUUGGCCCCCACCACACACAAAUAAAUGAAUAAAUACGAUAAAAAGAAGGUUCUUCAAACCAGGUGGAUAACUCCUGAAGAACAGCACCCAAGACUGUUCUCUGGCCUCCAUACACAUGCAGACACUCACUCGUAUACGCUGGAGCACCCACACAACACCCCACCCACACACCCACACAGAAUGGGGGCCCCACCAG